AUGGCCACUCCGGCGCACCCCGAGACCAGGAAAUUUACGCGGAGUCUGGGUAAACCUGGGACAGCGGCUGAACUCAGGCAGAGUGUGUCCGAGGUGAGCCGUUUUUUGGAGUACAGAAGCGGUUACCAUAACAGAGAAGGUCUGGUGAGGAGUCUGGCCGGAAGGGUGUGGGCCACAGUGGUGGUAUUUGAAGCUUUGAUCAAGUGCUACCACCAGACUGCGCACAUAGCUUCAGCAGCCUACCAUUACGUGGCCCCUAUGGCCGUUAUAGGGCUGCAUACCAUGGAGAGGUACCACUGGCCGUAG